GGGGGCAUCUCCUGACAACCCCCAAAAAAUGCUGAAAUAUUCUGUUUCCGCAUUGCCGUAUUCUAAUUGAAUUGUUUCAUCAGAGGUUUUUGUAAGACUCAACUUCAGAGAAAUGUUUGGAAGUUUCUCAAGUCAAGGGUGGGACUAUGGUGAUGACAUCGCCAGAGGAAAUCCUGAUGAUGAUCCAUUGGAUGAUCUGGAUUCAGAUAGUUCCGAGUACCACAGGGAGAUGGAAGUGGCCUUGUACAGCCAAAUUCAUCAUGAGACUGUUGGAGAAGUGGAGGAACAAGCCACGUCUUUCACUGUCGAAAACGCAAAGGAGAAAAAUGGUGAAAUCAUCAGAAAUGAAUCACCCAAGCUCCUUGGAAAGAAAGCUGUGUCAACUCCAGUAGUUUCUAAUGAAUAUACUGUGAAAUUAGAGACACAUGUGCUGGAGCCUAGAGCUACAAGUACACCUGCACCAGAAUCAAAGGAAACUGAAGUUAUUAACCUCACAUCUGAAAGAAAAUUCAGUAAGAAAAAGACAUCUGGCCCCAAGAUUGAAGACUUUCUUAUGAUCAGCAGUGAUGAUUUGAUGUCUCCUCCCUGGUCUGAAAGAUCUGUCAAAUCAAGUACAACUAAGCAAAUGCCAGAGGUUAUAACACUAUCAAGUGACAUCACUUCCGAUACUGAUGUAGUUGUUGAAAAACAUUUCGUUGGUGGUAUCUCUCUGCCCGUUUCUGACAAGAAAAAGAGGACAAAAGCCAAGGAAGAAUUGAUAGAUUUGACUCUUUUAGAUAGUUCUGAUAUGUCUUCGAGUGAUAGUGAUAUACUUCAGGAAAUUGUGGAUGAAAUAAAUGAUGACAAUAUUGUUUUGAAUGUUAACAACAAGGGAGCAAGGAAGAUCGUCCUGAAUGCUGCUGAAUUGAGCGACUAUGAAGAGAUAUGUCAACUUGACCAGGAUUCCAGUUGGAAUAUAAUCAAUUCUGACAAGUAUACCCAUCUAGCCAUUCCUGGUAGAUAUUACGGUCCGCCAAAAAUUCAAUGUAACAACUGCAAGGAACGAGGCCACCUCUCCAGAGACUGCCCAAAGCCAAAGAAAUUGCCAGUUUGCCUUCUCUGUGGUAUUCAGGGCCACAUGGCACGAGAAUGUCCGGAAAGCCUCUGUUACAACUGCAGUCAAACCGGACACAGUAGCAGGGACUGCUCCAAAAGGCGCAGCAGAGAUAGUGAUCAGUGUUACCGCUGUGGCGGCUGGGGACACGUAAGAGCAGAAUGUUCAGACCUGUGGAGACAGUACCAUUCAACAACUGGCCCUGGUUUACUUGUACAAACAGAGACUCAAGAGAACUCCAAUAUGUGGUGCUUCAACUGCAGCCAGGAAGGGCAUUUUGGGCAUGAAUGUACAGAAGAAAUGAUGAAUCGCUGGAGCAAGGCACCAUUUUGUCCAUGGGUGUCUAAAUAUGAUGACAUCAGAAUCAAAAAUCCAACCAAUAGAAAAAGGCAGCACGAUGAUCACAGAUCCAAUGAGCCUGUUUGGAAAAGAAGAAAAACAGAUUCCACGAGUGCUACCAGUUCAAGAAAGAUUUCUGAACAGACAAAACGCUGGUUGUCUGCUGAAGAAAAUUCAAAAAAGACAAAAAAAGGAAAGAGUAUGAAAAAGAUUUCUGAACAGACAAAACGCUGGUUGUCUGCUGAAGACAAUUCAAAAAAGACUAAAAAAGGAAAGAGUAUGAAAAAAAAAAAGAGAAAGUUUGAGGAGGAAUACGGAGGGGAUGAUUUACCGCGGUCAAGUGUCAGGGACGGGCAGAGGGGUAGGAGAAAACGGAGAGGCGCUGGUAGUUUGAGUCUAGAGCAGCAUUCCUGGCUUGUUGAUGAGCCUGUUGAAAAGAAAAAGGGAAGAAAGAACUUUAGAGAAAAGAAAGCUGCUGUGGCUGCUGAGUAUUCGGAACAGAAGGUUGGAAACUACAGGCAGAAGAAUAAAACGAAGUGGAAGUUAGAUCAGACUGGUAGAAAUGAUGGUGGAAAUCCUCAUUUCAAAUCAAAGUGGGUUCCAUCAGAAAAAGGUGAAUGGACUUGUAAGGGUAGGGGGAAGCGUGGGAAAGGUGGAGGAAGAAACUGGAAUACUGGUGGUAAUAGUGGAUUCAAGUCCAAGAAGGGUUUCAAUUUCAAGGUAUACUAGGUAUAUUUCAAGAAUUGUUUGUGUGCUCAUGAUUUAAAUGUUGCAAGGAAUUCAGUUUUGACAUCUUUUGUUGUAACAUCGCUCAAAAGAGGGGUUAUUUCCAUAUAUCUCUUCCAAGCAGUUUUCAUCCUUUGAUUGGGACUUUUACAAGUUUGUGAUGAUUGCGAAGAUUUGUAAUUCAGAAAAUGAAGACACAGGAUAUGUUGUUUUUCAUUCAAAAAAUAAAUACCUAGCAAAGAAACUGUGUUUUCUUCCUCAUUACAGUA